AUACUUGAAUCUGAUUUAAGGCGCGUAUCCUCUCUGUGUCUGCAACUACGGACAUAUCAAGAACUUACAUGCGGGGUGACUUACUCGCAUUGCUGCUUCUUGACUCAGAUUUUCAUAGAGUUUUAGGACCGAUAUAUUUAGCUGCAGCUUGCAUAGAAAAUUACUGGUUUUCAACUUUUCAUUGCCACUUACGCAGGGCUCACUGUGUUGGUCAAACUCUUGUGCCCCAUUUUCUUCCCAACAAAUUAACUGCAUGGGAAUCGAGAAAAUCGGACAUGUAUCAGCUAUUUUUUUUUCCUCAAUAGAAACUGCAUCGUUUCGUCAUCCGGCUCUUGCCAAUAUAUCUGAAAACGACUUCUUCUGGAGCGUUUUCCUUGUGCUCAAUCCAUUAGAAAACCCGUGGGCUUCACAAAUCGAAUCUCAGAUUUUCGAGAGCGAUUUCAAGCUUCGGUUCUCGCACUUCUUUUUUCUUUUUUUUGAGUGAUCAGGUCAUGCAGUUUUCGACUUGGUUUGUUCCCAUCGUUUUGUGUUAAUGGUAUUGGGAGAGUCUGGGGUUGAUUUUAUGGAGGCGGAAAGGUUUAAAAUCACGUGUUUUGAGCUUGAAUAGCUCAACCAUGGCGGAUUCAGUGAUUGUUGGAGCUUAAGCAUAAGGAAGAAGAAGAUGCAUUUUGGCAUCUGAAAUGAAGGCCCCCUGCUAUUCCUUGGUAUUUGAGGAGCGUGGAAAAAAAUACAAAAAACCGGAUUAAAAAAAAUUUUGGUCAACCAGCGGUUUGAGUUGCCCUUUGCAUUGCAAACCCAAUCCCAUUCUCAUAAGUUCGUGUAAUUUUAUGACCCUAAUAUUUUUGCUCUUUUGUUUUUUACUAGAAUAUUAUUGCUCUUUUGUGAUUUUAGGAGUUUGAAAUUUUGAAUCAUGUUUUUUUUUUUACAAAAAAAUUUAGGUAAAUUGAGUUAUAGAAUUCAUUAUAGCUAAGAUAUAUUUUUAGGCUAAAAUCGUAUUUACAAACAUCGAAUUAUGCUUAUGUGAUUCCGUCCUUUGAUGGCCAUCUCCUGUGUGUCACCUAUUUUUUUGGGUUUUGGGCUUCUACUUCAUUGGGCCUCAUUUGCUUCUUUGAUAUUGUGUAAUAUUGGGCCAAGCAUUUCCACUAAGAUGAAAUUUGGGCUUACAAUAAUACAUAAUUUAAAGGAAAAAUUAUAAACAGGUCUCUAAUAAAACUAUAAUAUUUAGCGGUCAAGUUUAUGCAUUUACAAAGUGACUGCUGACUGGAGCCUCUGGGUGGCUAUUAUUUUUAUAAGGAACUGUACGUAACUCUCUAAUUUGUUUUGGUGCAACGUUACUCUAAUUUAAAAUGCCCUGUUGAGUGAAAGUUCUCAAACAAGCAAGACUUGUUCAAGGAAAUUGGCAUCUUGUGCUGUACUUGGCUAGUAUAUUCAUUUCUACUUUAUUUAAUGAAGAUAUUUUGAAAUUUUUUUCCUUGAAAAUAUUAUUGGAAAACUAACUCACAUAUUGCUUCUACUUGCUUAGAUUUUCAUUGAGUUCCCAGACCAUUUUAGAUGCAAUUUGAACAGAAAAUGAAUUGGCUUUCAUUCCUAAUUACUUGGGACUAACAUUGUUGGACAAAAAGUAAAAGCUUUUAAACUUCUGAACCCCAUUUCCUUCUCAACAAAUUAACUGCAUGGGAAUAAAGAAAAUUGGAAAAUUCAUUAUCUGCUCUUACAACUAUAAAACAAACUAGUUCUUAUGAGAUGUUGACUCAAAUUUUGAAACAUAACAUGUUAUCGGUUGUAAUUGGUAAGCAACAAAGAUCUCAUUGGAGGGAAAUGGCGAGAGACACAAGCUUGGAUGGGGAAAUUAUGACAUCUGAUGAUGCGACAGGAUCAGCAAAUCAUCCACCAACUGAAGGACUUGAAGUUGUCCAAACAAACACAGACUGGCAGCAACAACAUUUUAAGAGCAAGGCCAAAGAAAAAAGCUAUAGAACAGUUCCUUUCUACAAGCUUUUCUCAUAUGCAGAUAGUUUGGAUCGUCUUCUCAUGUUUGUUGGGACAACAGCGGCCAUUGCCAAUGGAAUGACUAUACCUUUGCUGAUGAUAAUUUUUGGAAAUGUCAUUGAUGCAUUUGGAGGAACCAGUGACACCAAAGAAAUCGUUCAUAAUGUUUCCAAGGCGUCUAUUGACUUCGUAUACUUGGCUAUGGGUACCUUUGUAGUUUCAUUUUUGCAGGUGACUUGCUGGAUGGUCACUGGAGAGAGACAGUCUGCGAGGAUAAGAAGCUUAUACCUUGAAGCAAUUUUGAGACAAGAAGUAAGCUUCUUUGAUAGGGAAACCAAUGGUGGAGAGGUUAUUACAAGGAUGUCAGGUGACACUGUUCUCAUUCAAGAUGCCAUGGGAGAGAAAGUAGGAAAGUUCAUACAACAUGUGGCAACAUUCUUGGGAGGUGUUGUGAUAUCAUUCUCUAAGGGUUGGCUUCUAACCCUCGUCUUGUUAUCUUUUCUUCCACUUCUUGUCCUCUCUGGUGCCUUGAUGAGUUUCGUCGCUGCAAAGAUGGCAUCUCGUGGACAAGCAGCCUAUUCUACGGCAGCAAAUGUGGUGGACCAGACAAUCAGUUCCAUUCGAACUGUUGCAUCAUUCACGGGGGAGAAGCAAGCCAUAACCCAAUACAAUAAAUCUUUGACAAGAGCUUACCGUGCUGGUGUGGUAGAGGGAGCAGCUUCUGGUUGCGGCUUAGGUUCGGCUCGUUUGUUUUUGUUCUCCAGUUAUGCUUUGGCCGCAUGGUAUGGAGGGAAGAUGGUACUAGAGAAAGGAUAUACAGGAGGACAAGUCAUGAGUAUCUUUUUUGCAAUAUCUACUUGCACCCUGUCACUUGGGCAGUCAUCUCCCAGUUUGAUUGCAUUUGCUGCGGGACAAGCCGCAGCUGUUAAAAUGUUUGAAACAAUCAAGAGGAAACCAGAAAUUGAUGCUUAUGACACUUCUGGUCAAAAGUUAGAAGACCUUCACGGAGAUAUAGAACUAAAGGGGGUUUGCUUUAGUUAUCCUACAAGACCAAAUGAACUAAUAUUCAAUGGAUUUUCUCUGUCAAUACCAAGUGGCACUACCACUGCUCUGGUUGGGCAAAGUGGGAGUGGGAAGUCAACCGUUAUCAAUUUGAUAGAGAGGUUUUAUGAUCCACAAGCCGGUGAAGUUCUCAUUGACAAUAUCAACAUCAAAGAGUUCAAUCUAAAAUGGAUUAGACAGAAAAUAGGCCUUGUCAGCCAGGAACCGAUUCUCUUUACCUGUAGCAUUAAAGAGAAUAUUGCUUAUGGCAGAGAUGGUGCAACCGAUGAAGAAAUCAAAGCUGCAGCAGUUCUUGCUAAUGCUGCUAAAUUUGUUGAUAAAUUUCCUCAGGGACUAGACACAAUGGUAGGCGAGCAUGGAACUCAGCUCUCGGGGGGUCAAAAGCAGAGAAUUGCAAUCGCCAGAGCAAUCUUGAAAGACCCAAAAAUUUUAAUUCUUGAUGAAGCUACCAGUGCCUUGGAUGCAGAAUCUGAGCGAGUAGUACAGGAGGCAUUGGACAGAAUUAUGAUAAGCAGGACUACGGUGAUUGUAGCCCAUCGGUUAAGUACUAUAAGGAACGCAGAUAUAAUCGCCGUUAUCCAUCAAGGAAAGAUAGUAGAAAAAGGCUCACAUGCAGAGCUCAUAAGGGAUCCAGAUGGAGCCUAUAGCCAGCUCAUUCGAUUGCAAGAAACUAAAAGAGAACAAGAACAAAUUAGUGCAAAUUACAAGGAUAAGCCUGAAAGCUUUCAGGACUCUGAACGACAAUCAAGUCAACGAUUUUCUUUCCUCCGAUCAACAAGCCAAGGAUCAUCUGGAAAAGGAAACAGCGGCCGUCACUCUUUCUCAAGUCUCACUUCUGCAGCAGCAGGAGAUUCUGAUGCAUCACAUAACCCCGCCAAAGUCUCUCUUCUCCGCCUUGCUCAUCUUAACAAGCCUGAAUACCCAGUGUUACUUUUGGGUGCUUUGGCCGCAACACUAAAUGGAGCAGUAUUACCAAUUUUGGGGCUCCUGCUUUCUGGCAUGAUACAUACUUUCUUUGAGCCUGCAGAUAAACUACGUAAAGAUUCAAAAUUCUGGGCAUAUGUGUAUGUUGCACUUGCUGUGGCAGCGUUCUUAGUGAAUUCCAUACGGUCCUACUUCUUUGGCGUAGCUGGUUGUAAAUUGAUAAAAAGGAUUCGUCAACUGUGUUUCGAGAAAAUAAUUCACAUGGAAAUAGGUUGGUUUGACAAAGCUGAGAAUUCAAGCGGAGCACUUGGAGCAAGACUCGCUACUGAUUCUGCUGCUAUUCGAGCUGUGGUUGGGGAUGCACUGGGUUUGCUGAUUCAAGAUAUUUCUACUGCAAUCUCUGCCUUAGUGAUUGGCUUUGAGGCAAGCUGGCAUCUUUCAUUGAUCAUUCUUGCUAUGCUACCUUUAUUGGUAGUAGUAAAUUCUCAGGUGCAUACUAAAUCCAUCCGAGGAUUCAGCUCAGAUGCAAAGAAACAAUAUGAGGAAGCAAGUCAAGUUGCAAAUGAUGCAGUAGGGAGUAUCAGAACAGUGGCAGCUUUCUGUGCUGAAGAGAAGGUGAUGGACUUAUACCAUAAGAAAUGUGAAGGACCAAUAAAGGCAGGUAUAAGGCAAGCAUUGAUCAGCGGAACUGGUUUAGGCGUAUCGUUCCUUGUCUUGUAUUCUGUCUAUGGAUGUAGUUUUUAUGCUGGUGCUCGACUUGUUCAAGAUGGCAAAAUAUCAAUCUCACAUGUUUUUCGUGUCUUCUUUGUUCUCACUAUGGCAGCUGUAGCACUCUCUCAAUCCGGUUUAAUGGCCCCAAGCGCAAGCAGAGCAACAACUUCUGUUGCUUCUAUAUUUGAUAUUCUUGAUCAGAAGUCAAAAAUAGACCCCAGUGAUGUCUCAGGAUUGACAUUGCAAGAUUUGAAGGGCGAAGUUGAGUUUCGUCAUGUUGCUUUCAAGUAUCCCAUCAGGCCUGAUGUUCAAAUAUUUAGAGAUCUUUGCUUGACCAUUCACCCAGGAAAGACCGUUGCACUAGUAGGAGAAAGUGGAAGUGGAAAGUCUACUGUGAUCUCAUUGCUACAAAGAUUUUAUGACCCAAACUCAGGUCACAUUACAUUGGACGGAAUUGAAAUCCAAAAGCUACAAAUCAAGUGGUUAAGGCAACAAAUGGGUUUAGUAAGCCAGGAGCCCAUGUUGUUCAAUGACACCAUUCGAGCUAAUAUUGCAUUUGGAAAGGAAGGAUAUGCAACAGAAGUCGAAAUUAUAGCUGCUGCAGAACUGGCAAAUGCGCAUAAGUUCAUUAGCAGCUUGUAUCAGGGGUAUGACACAAUUGUGGGCGAGCGUGGAGUUCAAUUAUCUGGAGGGCAAAAGCAACGAGUGGCAAUUGCAAGAGCCAUAGUGAAGAAUCCAAAAAUAUUACUGCUAGAUGAAGCCACCAGUGCUCUUGAUGCUGAAUCUGAAAAAGUUGUUCAAGAUGCACUGGAUCGUGUUAUAGUGGAUAGAACCACAAUUGUUGUGGCCCAUAGGUUAUCCACAGUUAAGAAUGCAGAUUUGAUUGCUGUGGUUCAAAAUGGAGUCAUUGCAGAAAAGGGAAACCACAAGACUUUGCUCAGAAAGGGAGAAGCCUAUGCUUCCUUAGUAGCACUGCACAAAAGUGCUUAAUCAUCAUAAGCACUGGCAGGAUACGCGAAACACAUUGCCACUUUUAUAUGAUUUAUUCUAAUCUAAAUAAAUAUUGAUAUUUGCAUAUUGGUAUGUGAUUCAAAUCAAUAUACAUGCCUACGGUAUAGUAAAGAGUCUAUGUCAAGUCAAAAAAAAAAAAUGUAAAGACCCAUAGAAAAUAUGGGAGACAUUAUUCUAGAAAAAAAUAAAUUCUCUUUAUGUUAUUUUAAUAUUUGUAAGAAGGGAAAUCUAAAGCCUAACUUUAUAUGGAAAAGGUGUUAACGUU